GUCACAACUAGGGAUAUGUAGACUUAGAAGGUGUAUUUUAUUAUAAUUAGAAAAUAUAUGGUACUUGCUUGGAAGGCCGUAGGGGCUGCUUGGAUGCUGCAUUUUGUUGGUUGCUAUAAUAUGCUUAGGGUUGAAGCCCACCCAUUAUAUGACUCACCUACACUAAGAAGCCCUUGAGACUGAAAGCUUCAAUUUUAACCAUCUGGUUUCUAAAUCAAAGUGGUAGACAAAACAAAUGCGUAACAUUGCAAAACAAUCUUGGGAUAAGUAAAUGGGCUAGUCAAUGGGCUGCAUCCUGUGGGAAGAUUUGGGAUAGAAAACAGUGGCCCAAGGAGACCAAAACAAGAACCAACUAAGAGGGUAAAAUGAUCCCUUAAGAAUGAGUCUUGGAAUUAUAUUCUGUUUAUGGCAAAUUAAGAAUGAGUUUUGGUUGAUCCUCUGCUUUCCCUGCGUUGGUGCCUGGUGUUGGUAUAAAACUAUGACACUUUUGGAAGAAAGCGGAUACAGAGUUGAUGCAGUUGACUUAACGGGCUCUGGAGUUCAUUCAUUUGAUACAAACAGCAUUGCCACUCUUGCACAAUACGUAAAGCCACUUACUGAUAUCCUAGAGAAACUAGGAGAUGGGGAAAAGGUGAUCUUGGUGGGACAUGAUUUCGGUGGUGCUUGUAUUUCAUAUGUAAUGGAGUUGUUUCCCUCCAAAAUCUCAAAAGCGAUUUUUAUAGCUGCAGCAAUGUUGAGUAGUGGGCAGAGUACCCUUCAUGUGUUUUCCCAACAGGCGGGCUCAAAUGAUCUGAUGCAACAAGCUCAAACAUUUUUGUAUGGAAACGGGAAAGAUCAACCUCCAACUGCUAUUGAGCUUGACAAAGCAUUGGUGAAAGACUUCUUGUUCAAUCAAAGUCCUGCUAAGGAUGUUUCAUUGGCAUUAGUUUCAAUGUGGUCAAUUCCUUUUGCACCAGUUAUGGAGAAGCUCUCACUUUCUGAAGUGAACUUUGGCUCUGUUCGGAGAUUCUAUAUAGUUACUCAAGAAGAUUGUGCCAUAUCCGUUUCUCUACAGGAGAAGAUGGUACACACAAAUCCCCCAGAAGCAGUGUUUUGGCUAAAAGGUUUUGAUCAUGCACCUUUCUUCUCAAGGCCUCAGUCCCUGCACAAAAUACUAGUAGAUAUAUCACAAAUUCCACCAAGCAUGCCUGAAUAGGAUUGUACCAAAGCCUGGCGUGAUAAAUAUCUGGCACAUUGUGGCAGGUAUAUGGUAAGCGAGAAAUGAUAUUUUGCCACCCAAAGACACAACUAUUGAUUUUUUUUUUUAUAAUUUCUUUAUUUAUUAUUAUUUUUUAAAAUAAAAAACACAAAACCAGACCUCAACCCGUUUACAUGAUUUUGUGAUUUUUUGUUUAAUAAAAAAAAAUUAAUAAUUGUGUCAUGGAGUUGCAACAUAUCAUAUCUCUAUAAUAAGCAGCAUUGUGCAUGUCUUGUCAGAGAUUUGGAGUUAAGCAACCACAAUCUAUCAUGAUCAUGUGCAUGCAUAUGCCGUUGCUCCCUUAUUGUAGGCCUGUAGCUAUUAUGUAUAUGGUGUACCUCUGGCAUCUUUCAAUCUGUAUAGGAUGUUUACAUAUAUUUUUUAUAAGCUUGAUAGUACCAAUGAGCAUC